GAACAAUCACAUCCAGUCGUCUUCACUCGAGAUGCCCCGACCGCACGCAGUAUGGCCCCCAACGAGUCCCCGUCACACCCACUGGUGCCCUUUCUUGGUGGGCGUAAAUCUCGACGCGGCUCGCUGGCAUCCAUCUCGUCCAAGAAGGGCGCCGACAAGGAGAUCAUCUCCCAGGUACUCGACGAGAUCCACACCGCCGAGUCCAAAACCGACGGCCUAACCUCUUUUCACGACUUCGAUGGCGAAGGCAGGAGCAGCGGCGCCAAGGAGCUGGUCAGUAAUGGCAUCGCGGGCAUGUACAACAGGCUGCGCCAGUCCGUGGCCGGCGGUGCGCAUGGUAGCAAGGAAGACGGUGGCGGUGGUGGCAGCGGUGGCGGCAGCGGCAGCAGCAGCAUCAAGGAAAGCGGCAGAAGAAGGCGGAAGAGCAUCGAGUCUCGAGAGUCGCUCGACACGGGCUCGAUGCAGUCUGGCUCGUCCCCUCUGGUUGCUCGAGCGACGACCCAUAGACUCAGUGUCAGCAAGCCAGUGCCAGACCAGCUAUCUCUCGUCAACCCUACCGUGCCGCCAUCGCCAAACAUGCGCAGCUUCUCGGGUGACGAGUCCCAUCUAGGUAGGGCCAAUACACCACAGCUGCACACUGCAGAUGGACAGCUGAUACCGUCUGUGGGCGCGAAACGCUCGCGUGAGCCAUCCUUCGACCUGACCAAGGCUCCUAUCCAACCGUCGUUGGCCAAGAGCCGAAUAGAUACCGAUUCACUGACCAAGGAAGAUGUUGAGAAGGCAAGAAGCGCCUGGGAGAAUGGCGAUCGGAGCGCCGAAGGUACAGAGGCCUUGGCCCGUGUCCUGUCACAUCACAAAGUGUCACUCACAGACCAGGCAAAAUCGCUUCACCCAGUGCGACCCCGAGGAGACCUGGAAGAGGCCAUCGAGGGCUCCGAAUACGGAGACGAACCGGAGACUGUGUUGCAGACCGGUUCUCGCUCGCUGCCUGCAAAUGCUGCGCGAAAGCCCGAGCUCACAACUGCCGCCUUCGAUCAGCCACCACCGCAAAGGCCACCCAUGCUGCGAGUGGGCGUAUCCCAUCUGCCCGGUUUUGAUCCAUCACGUGCUUCGUCGACUAUGGAUGGCAGUGAAGGCAGCUCAGCGCCGAGUUCCCGAGCUCCAUCGUUCAGAAAAGCAAGCUUAGAUCCGGCUGCGAACCUGAAUACCGCCCUUGGACGCAAAAGGUCAACCAUGAAGUCCGCACCUGGAUCGUCCCAGUCCCAGCCUCAACAUGGGAAGCGCCGAGUCCUCGACAAGAAAUUCUGGAUGCAGGAUGAGGGUGCCAAAGUGUGCUUCUCUUGCGGCCAAAGCUUCUCGACGUUCCGUCGCAAGCAUCAUUGUCGAACGUGUGGUCAGAUCUUUGACGCCAAAUGUACAUCGCUUCAUCCUGGCCGACAAUUCGGACAAGCAAGUGAAGUCCGACUAUGCAAGCCAUGCGAGAGUAUGAUGAUUGGCAGCGAUGACUCAUCGGAGGAAACAGACGAAGAUCGCGACGAUUACGCAAAAACUUCACUUCUGCAAGCUCGUCCUGCAGCUAAGGACGAGAUGAGCGAAAGAUUUGGUGGGCCGGCAAUCAGUAGAAUGGACACUGCGGUCAUGACACCAACCAUAGGGAUCCCAGUGUCUCGACGGAAUCGUGAAGCAAAGCGCCGCUCUGCUGUACUCGAAUUUGAUGAUUCGCGCACAUUGGCUCGUCCUAGCUCAUCACAUUCCUUGUUGUCGCUCAGUCGCAGGCCUCGCUCUUCGAGCCAUCGUCGGCGGCAUUCUAAACACCACCCUAGCAGUCAUCCGGUUCGUUCCAGUGCAGACAUCGAACGAGGGCCCUUCCACCAAGUCAGUAUCGAGGGAGCUGAGAAGCGACAGCUUCCAAAUUUUCACAAGGACAACAUAAUCGAUCCCGAUCUGGCAGACUAUUUGUCAGACGAUGGUUCUGAAGAUGGCCAGCAUCAAAGCAUUAUGGCCGCCCUGGAUGGCCCUGCAGCAUCGCCUGGAGAGCGUGACAAGCUAGCCUUUGCUGCAUUAUUGACUCCUGGCGUCAGGAAAGGCCGCUCAAGAGGCACUGAACGGCGCGUCGCGCCAGGCUCGAGCAUACAGGGUGUCAAGGGUGAGGUUAUACGACCGCGCAGUCGACAUUUUAGUGGUGGAUCCAUAGCUCACGCGCCUCCGUGGGGGAGCCAUAAUAGGAACGCCGUUACCAACGACGCGACACAAUUAGGCCCGGGACCAAGAACACCCUCCGGUCAGACUACCCACGCCAAGGUUACUUACAGUCCUGCUUUGCAGCAGAACCGGCCUACCGAUGACCUUGAGUUGUAUCCUGCGAGCGAGGAGCAUGUGAGGAAUUUACUGGCACAAUUGCUGAGAGAUGCCCGGGUCCCGCACGCGCAUACAUGGCAUCAAGCUCUACUUCCAGUAUUGCUGCAAUGCACCAAUGAUGUGGAGCCAGAUGUACAGGCGGGUGACGACAUGGACAUUAGGCACUACAUCAAGCUGAAGAAGAUACCGGGCGGCAGGCCAAGAGAUACUGGCUAUGUAUCUGGUAUUGUGUUUAGCAAGAAUAUCGCCUUAAAAUCGAUGGCUCGCACACUCACCGAUCCGAAAAUCCUCAUCGUCAACUUCUCGAUUGAGUAUGCUAGACACGAAGCUCACUUCAUGAGCCUCGAGCCAAUCCUUGCACAAGAGACAGAAUAUCUCGCCAACCUUGUCAAGCGCAUUGCUGAGCUGAAACCGAAUGUGUUGCUGGUGCAGAAGCACGUAUCUGGCAAGGCUCUGCUUAUGCUGGAAGAAGCCAACAUCACCGUCGCCUUCAACAUCAAGGAAUCGGUCCUGGCGGCAAUUGCCCGUGUGACUAUGACUAGCCCAGUCAAGUCGGUAGACAGACUGACCAUGCUCAGCCCGGACGAUCUUGGACGGUGCGACAGCUUUGAUGUCAAAACGUACAUGACUGAGGGCGUUCGCAAGACUUACAUCUAUCUUUCUGGCUGCCAGCCCGACCUCGGCUGCACAGUGGUGUUGCGAGGCGCGGACACUAAAGUUCUGCGCAAAGUCAAGCGAAUAGCAGAGUUCAUGUGUUAUGUGGCGUACAACCUGAAGCUCGAGAAUUUCCUGAUGCGGGACGAGUUCGUGUCCAUCCCGCGCUCUGUCGCAGGACAAGUUGUGGCGCGCGAGAAUCGAAGUGAUGGGACUGUGCCUGCCGAAGAACGGCAUUUGCAGCAAGAGAUUGAGGAUGGCAAUGCAGAUCUGCACUUCAAGUAUGAAGAACAGGAGAAGGAAUCGCGCAAGAAAAUCCUGUCGGCAUCCCCAUUUGUCGUAUUCAUGCAGCCAUAUUUACUGACCCAGCUACGAGAUCUGGAACGCAAGCUUGCCACAUACAAGAUGUUGCGCGAUCAAUAUGCUGCUGCGGACGAGGAGGGCGAUGAGCUCACUGACAAAGACGAUGAGCUUGAAGUCGUGGAAAACUUCAGCUUGGUCAGGCCUGAUAUGGUCAACGCACGAGCAUCGAAAGAUCAACCGAAAGCCGUCCGUGAGUACUUGCACGCAGUACAUGAAGCUCAGUUGCAAAAGGCACAGCACACUUUUGACAUCCAGGAACGGCAAUGGGAGACCUUCCAGAAUGGUGAAGUCAACCCCUUCGACCCAUUUUCGCAUCAGAAGAUUGUGGUCUUGUAUUCCACUGUAUCCAGUAUCACCAGUGCGCCAUGCACAGGUCCGGAGCUGCUGGGGCUGGGAUUCUAUGCAUCAUACAACCGGGCAGAUCCUGACUAUGACGAGGACUUGACUCUGGGACAAUAUGUCCAGGAGAUGUGCUUCUCAGCUGGCAAGACCUGCUUGCACUGCAGCAAGAACAUGUCAGACCACAACCGACAGUAUGUGCAUGGGUACGGGCAGCUUACGGUCUCGACAACGCGGCAGCAGACGAAGGUGCAGGGAAUGCGAGACUCAAUCCUCAUGUGGUCCAUUUGUCGCAUUUGCGACCAUGAGACGACAGUCACCCAGAUGAGCUCGCAAACAUGGAAAUACUCUUUCGCCAAAUAUCUCGAGCUGAGCUUCUGGAGUAGUCACCUUCAUCCGCGUGCUGGUCUCUGUAAGCACGACAUUCAUCGGGACUUCUUGCGAUGUUUUGGAUAUCAGGACACGGUUGUCCGUGUUCAGUAUGACCCGAUCAUUAUCUACGACGUGAUAGUGCCCACAGCACAGGUGACGUGGAAGGUGGAAGCAGACUUGACUGUGAAAAAUGAACAGUAUCUGCACUUCGAGGAGCGCAUGGAAGCCUUUACCAAUUCUGUACGCCAACGAUUGGAUACCAUCACUGUGGACAACCUGAAUGAAAAGACCGCAGAAGCUGCUUACGCACUCGUCGAAGAGCUACGAGCCAAACUGGAUUCCGACGAACAGGAGCUCAAAGAGAAACUGCGCCUCAAAUACGCCAAGUCCCGGUACUAUGAGCUCAUUCCGCUGAAUAGGGCCCUGCGGUUUAUGGAUGAGAAAGCCAUCGCUUGGGACGAUGAGUUCGCGAGAUUUGAGGAAAAAUACUUUCCUUCCGAAGCAGACAUCCGCAAGAUCGCAGUCGACCAGAUGAGAAAAAUGUUCCUGGAAUCACAACCUGCACGCAACGUCAUCGGUUCUGAAGUUGAUAGUGACAUCGAAGAUGGGACUGAGACGACGUGUGUCAGGAACAAAACCCGCAAUAAAGACGAACUGCUCAAUGAAAAGGCCCAAGAUGUGCUUUCUAGCGCUAUGGAGGAGCACAAAGCUGCUGCUGACGACAGUGAAUCGCUGCGGCCGGUCAAAAGCCAUGAUCCUGGUCUAUUGCUGGGCGAUGAGCUCACCAGAACGAGCACGCCGAGGAAAGAUCUGGAAGACGCAGUACAACGCGACGACGUAAAGCAUCUGGAUCUCGCCGUGCCCAGUCAGUCGCCCCCACCUGUCCUUGUUGGCGACACGCUGGAUGAACUGUCUCCGAGAAAGAGUCCAGCCCCAACUCCCGAAGAAGGCCAACCGCAAGAAGAAGCUUUUGCCAUCCAGCCCAAGCCAUUGAGUUCCGGGCUUUUGGAGAGAAUUGAGCAGAUUAGGAACAACAAAGGAAUCAGCGGCUUGGAAGAAGUGCCCGAGACCAAGAUACCUAGGCUGGCUGAUCUGCAGCACAAGAACCGAGAUCCUAGUCCUAGUCCUACGCCCCACGCUGGGCCGGUGCCUCCGCCACUUCUUAGAGCGAAGUCGCAACCUGGACAUCCAGGGCAUGCGCAACGGCCAGGUGUUGGUGAAGCGAACAAUAGCCACAGUAUUGACUCUGUGGCCACUGGUCUGGAACGGCCCGGUGGCAGAGGUUUACAUGGAAUCGACAAACGUAUCGGUGAAAGACUUGUUGCUGCGCGACUUCCAAGCAAGGCUGGAAAGGCCACACCCUCCCUUAUUCCGCGCUCCAUACCUAUCAAACAAGAAGAUAAUCUGCCGACCACAGUUUCGGCUCUAGCGAAGCACUUCGAACAAAUGUCUCGCGAGUUUGAGAAGGAACGCUUGAAGGAGCGACGGCAGAGGGCGAUGAGAAGCCGCCAGGCGAGGGCGAACCCCCUCGCCAGCAGUAGACCUGUCGUCGAGGUUUAUCAGAGCGCCGUUGAUGCUGUUGGCGAGAAGGGACCCACCCAACAAGACGUGAAACAGGAGCUGGAUCGCGGAGAGGCUGCGCGUCGCGACAUGGAUGAGGUCGUUGCGGACAAACAGCCCGUAGGAACUACUCAUACUGAGAUCGAAAGGCAUGCUGUGGAUAGCGGGAACAGAAUCGACAAACCUGGCGCACAGUCCGCAUUGGCUUCCGACAGUGCUAUCGACGCUGACGAUGAAACAAGCGAUGGCGAGAACACGUAUCAGCAAUCAAGAGAUGCUUCUGACCCUUCCUCGUCCAUCUUAUCGCCAUCGCCCUCGGGACCUGAUCUACAUGACAUUGGAGCGGAUAUACAGAUUGGUGAGCAAAGAAAGAACCAGUGGUUCAAAUAUUUGGCGGAAUUCUGGUCGAAACGGUCUGCUUCUGGUUGGGCCAAUCUGGAAUAUCCUCUUCAUGCGACUGAGCACGUCUUCGAAGACUCUGAUAUCAUCGUACGCGAAGAUGAACCUUCUUCUGUCAUUGCGCUGUCUUUAGCUUGUGCCGAUUACAGAGCAAAGGAGAAAGGAUUCCGGAGUGCGCCUAGCCGUCAACCACUCGCAAAGCAUGGACAUACGCAUGCGCAUUCGGCGAGCACGGCGAGCACAGGAAAUCUGUCGAAAGAGGAAGGGCAGAGGGCGGAUAUCGAAGCAAGUCUGCUGGGCGAUACGGCCACGCACAUGAAGUAUUCGUUCGCGCAUGGGCAGGUCAAGGCCAGCUGCAAGAUCUUCUAUGCUGAAUCAUUCGAUGCAUUGCGACGCAGAUGUGGUGUCGCAGACCGCUUCAUGGAGUCCAUGUCACGCUGUCUGAAGUUCGACUCCAAAGGUGGCAAGACCAAAUCUCUCUUCCUCCGCACUUUGGACGGGCGCUUCAUCAUCAAGAGCUUGCAGGAAGUGGAGCUGAAAGCCUUCACCAAAUUUGCGCCAGACUACUUCAACUUCAUGAGCUACACUUUGUUUCAUGGAGUCCCCAGUGUGAUUGCCAAGAUGUUUGGUCUAUUCCAGGUCAAUAUUCGCAAUCCUGCCACAGGGGUCGACUUCUCGUACUAUUUGCUAGUCAUGGAGAAUCUCUUUUACGAGCGGAGCCCCAACCGCCGUUUUGAUCUGAAAGGCAGCAUGCGCAAUCGCAAAAUUGAGUCUACAGGUCAAGCAGACGAAGUUCUUUUGGAUGAAAACUUGGUCGAAACGAUCUUCGAAUCCCCUUUGUUUGUUCGCGAGCACAGUCGAAAGCUCCUGCAGGCAUCCGUCUUCAACGACACCCUUUGGCUCUGCAAGCAAAACGUGAUGGACUACAGUCUCAUGGCCGGGUUUGACGACACACGCAAGGAGCUCGUGGUUGGCAUCAUUGAUUGUAUACGCACUUAUACAUGGGACAAGAAACUGGAGAGCUGGAUCAAAGAUCGGGGCAAGAACAAGCCGACCAUCACCAGUCCGAAGGACUACAGAAACAGGUUCAGGGUAUCCAUGAUGCAGUAUGUUCUGCAGUCCCCCAACUGUUGGUGGAGCUUCCAAGCCAAUCUGGGCAUGCCUAAGACUUUGAGAGAAGGCGAAGGCCAAGGCGGAGCAGUGGAGGGCGAUGUGACGGAGACGGGUGAUGAUGAGGCUCGAAACAUGGCAUAAGAGCGGCUGCUGCCGUUCCACUUUCACGGGAGUUGAGGAAACCGGCGUUUUUGAGCAGUGAGUGAGUGAGUGAUGCGCGGGAUAUGUACCCAGGGCAGGUAUGAUUGAUGGCUGCAUGAAAGCGAUGCUGUGAAUACCUAAGGCAAUAAGGUAAUAAUGAUUGUAAAUUGGCCCCAAGAACAGUCGUG